CUACACGACUUGGCCCAGCUGACGGGAGUACUCUUAUUGAAAACUGCACUCCUUCACGCGGGCUCUGUUGCUCGUCAGAAAACCUGAAAUGCAUCUAACAUUGCACUUAUAACGCUGCGCAUUUGCAUGAGCGGCUUGUAGUCGAGCCUUGAUAAGGACUAGGACAUUCGCCGGCAUCCCCGAGCCGCGAUGCCUCCAAAAGCACCCGCUCCGCCACCGCCACCGCGGCUAGACCUGCCGUCGGCGCUGGCUAUCCUAGCGAACCCACCAGAUGCGGCGUCAGGAGGGGACCCUUUACUGCUGCCCCAGGCGCUGUCCUUCCUGGGGGGUCUGAACUUCACGACCAUCCCGCAGGACAUCGAGCUGCAGACGACGCUGGUGACGGCCGUCAUCCCCUACGUGUGCCACGCCGAUGGCGCAGUCAGCGGUGUGGCCAUGAAGUUGCUGGCCAAGAUGGCCGCUGAGCCGCGGCUGCAGCCCGUGUGGAGUGAGCCGGCGUGCGUGCAGGCGCUGUGGGCCAUCGUGUCUGGCUUCCACGCCAACUAUGACGAGUACAUGGCCCGGCUAGAAUCCAUGGCGGCGGAGGCGGCGGAGGCGGCGGCGGGCGGUGGCGGCGGCACAGGUCGCGGCGGCAAGGACGGCGGCAAGGGCGGCAAGGCGGCGGCGCCGCUGACGCCCGUUGACCCGGAGAGCACACUGCCGGGCCCCAGCAAGUUCGCACUGGACGCGGCCAUGGCUGCACUGAGUGCGGCGGUGGUGCACUCGGGCGCGGCGGGGGUGGAGGUGGUGGGCGGGCUGCUGGCGGCGGACGUGGCGCCGCUGCUGAGCCUGCUGCGACACAACUCCAGCCGCAUCCAGGUGCUGGCGCUGCGGCUGCUGCGGCUGCUGCUGCGCUCGGACGCGAUGGCUGCGGCGCUGACUGCGGUGGACGCGGCGGCGGCGCUGACUGAGCUUUUGGCCACCAGUCCUUACGGCGCCGUGAGGGAGGAGGCCCUGGCGGGAUUGGGACACCUGGCGGGAGCAUCAGCCACGUCCAUCCAGCAAAUGCUGGAGGCGGGACUGCCCCUGCUACUGCUGGCGCACACCAUGGACCCGACCACGGGGGCACUGCCGCCGCCGCCGCCCUCCGUCGCUGACGCGCUGCCCGAGGAGGACAGCGAGGUGGAGGCGGGCCUGGCGGCAGCCGCGACGGCGCCGCCGCCGCCGCCCACGCCCAUCGACUUUGGCCGGCCCAUGGUCAGCUCAGCCGCGCGACUGCAGGAGCUAUCCUCUCGCCUGCUGCUCACACUGGCGCGGCACCACCAGGGAGUACCGCAGGCGCUGCUGCGCGCCGGCUGCCUGCAGCUGCUGCUGGCGGCGCUGCCGGCGCCGCAGCUGCCAGAGCUGCCGCCGCCGCCGCCCACGAAGCGACCUUCAUCCGCCGCGGACACCAUCUUUGCGGGCGUGGUGCCAGGGCUCAAGAAGGCGGCGCCUGCGGCGGUAGCUUCUGAGCCGGAGGCGGCCGCGCCCGUGAGCAAGGCCGAGUGGGCGGCUGCGCUGGAGGGACCUAUGCCGCUGCCGGCGCCCGCCGUGCCGGUGACGGAGCCGCGGCUUCAGGCGGUGCUGCUGCAGCUGGUGGCUACGCUGCUGUCGGAGCCGGGGGUGCAGGACUACUGGUGGUCCGUGCACUCCACUCGCCGACCGCACCUGCAGCUCGCAUACCUGCUGCAGCCCGACCGCUUGCCGCCGCCGCCGCCGCCGGAGCCCACGGCAGCCGAGGCUGCGGCCGCCGCCGCGGCAGCGGCGGCGGCUCCGCCGUCGGCACCUGCGGCGCCGGCGCAGCGGCCGUCCACACAGGGCAAGGCGGCGCCGCCUGCGGUGGCGGCGGCACCUGCGGCGUCGCCGCCCCCGCCGCCGCAGCCGCCCCAGCUGCCCACCGAGCCGCCGUUUGCGCCGGAGGUGCGCGCCGCCGCGGUGCAGUGCCUACUGCAGCUGAGUAAGCAUCCGCAGUGGCUGCAGCUGCUGCCCUUCCUCACAAGCCUGCAAAAGGCGGUACGGGCCGCCGCCAGCGGCGCCGCCGAGCUCGACGGCGACGGCGAUGUCAUUGACGUGGGCGGCGCCGCCACCAGCCCCGCUGUGAUUCAGCCCAUGGCAGACCUGCUACAGAAGCUGCUGGCGUCGCGGGCGCCGCCGCCGCCCCGCGCUGCCGCGGCCCGCGCGGCAGCUGGUUCCUCGGAGGGCGGCCCAGAGCUGUCGGCGACUGGCACAGUGCCGCGGCGGCCAAACGCCGUAAACAACCGUUUGCCGUUGGACGCAAACGGUCUAACGGAAGAGGAGCUGCCCACAAGAGACAUAACGGAAACGCUCAAGGCGCUGGCGCGGCUGGCGCGCCGCGGCAAUGACCACUGGGCAUUGUCGGCAGUGGCGGCGGCACUGAUGCUGCUGCCUGAUGAGGCGCUUUAUGCGCCGCCCUGGCCGCCACUGCCGUCGCCACCGCCCACGCCGCCGCCGCCGCCGCUGCCGACCAGCCAGUUCCUGUGGGACGCCCUGGGGCGGCCGGUUAUGACAGAUGGCAUCAAGCUGGUGCACCUGUAGAGGUUGUAGGUUGUAGGUUUUGCUGAUACGGUAGGCGUUGCUGGCUGGCGUGGUGGGGGCCGGGCCUGCUAAAUGCAACGGGACGAUGACUUCAGAAGAGGAGGAGGGGUAGGAAGGGGCGAGGAAGGGGCGUGUGACCCAUCAGGGCUGUUGAUUGAGGUAACUGAGGGGUUAUGAGAAGCUUGAGUGCCUGACAAAUCGCUCCUGUGCAUUCUUAGCUAUGCUGAGACAGGCAGAGUGUAAGCCAACAACUUG